AUGAGUCUAGAGAAGGAAGAAGCCGCCGCCCCACGGCGGCGAUUAUCGUGCACCAAACACUUCGACGCCCUCUGGUUUUGCUAUUCCCCAGUCCAUCAGAUGCAGCAAUACUAUCGGCUUGGUGAUCUUGACAAUUGUUCUGGAAAGUGGACCGCUCUUGUUGAUUGUUUGAGUCUCAAAACGAAAAGAUCUUCCGAAGUAGAGGAAAUUAUUGAGAGUCGGGAGAAAGCCAAGCCUCAUAUAUGGUCUUUUCGGUCCCCAGAAGAAGCAGCAUCUCAUUGGAACGAGCUCUUUGGAAAAUUAGAUGAGCAGGAAUGA